GCAUUGGUUGCGUUGCAUCAGCAAGUGCAAUGUUCAUCUAUUUUCGGUUGUCUCGUAGCGGUAGAUCGCUUCAAUGAUCAGUGAUUUUUAAUCUGGAAAAUGGCCGAAUCAGAACAAAGGAACAAAGAGAAUUGUAUCGUAGGAUCAAAAGAAAUGAUGGUGAAGCAAGAAAAGCGUGAGAACACGUUGACGAAUGGCGGGAAAGGAUCUGGGGAUGACGCGGACAGUCUCGAAGAAUUACCUCUUGAUAUUGGUGAACACUAUCUUGUUCGCAGAUCUGAUGAUUCCUGGCAUCCAGCAGAAAUUAUUCAAACUCGAUAUAACGAGAGUGAAAGCCACUAUGAAUAUUAUGUUCAUUAUGAAGGACAUAAUAGAAGAUUGGAUGAAUGGGUACCUAGGGAUAGAAUUAUGUCAAGCAGAUUUGAUAUGAGUGAUAGAAGUUGGAAAAGUGGAGACAGAAAUUCUGGUACUGAUUUAUUGGCAGAUUCAUCAGAUCGUAAGAUUACAAGAAAUCAAAAAAGAAGACAUGAUGAAAUUAAUCACAUUCAAAAGACAUAUGCCGAAAUGGAUCCUACAACUGCUGCACUAGAAAAAGAACAUGAAGCAAUAACAAAAGUCAAAUACAUUGAUAAGAUUCAAAUAGGAAAAUAUGAAAUUGAUACUUGGUAUUUUAGUCCAUAUCCAGAAGAAUAUGGCAAGCAACCAAAACUAUGGAUUUGUGAAUAUUGUCUUAAAUACAUGCGUCUUGAAAAAACUUAUAGAUAUCACAUGAGUGAAUGUACGCAUAGACAACCAGUUGGCAAAGAAAUAUAUCGCAAAGGCACAUUAAGUAUAUGGGAAGUGGAUGGUAGAGAGCAUAAAAUUUAUUGUCAAAAUUUAUGCUUACUUGCAAAAUUGUUUUUAGAUCAUAAAACACUUUAUUUUGAUGUUGAACCAUUUCUUUUUUAUAUUCUUUGUGAAGUUGAUAAACAUGGAGCUCAUUUAGUUGGCUAUUUUUCAAAGGAAAAAGAAUCACCUGAUGGUAACAAUGUUGCUUGCAUUUUAACUUUACCGCCGUUUCAAAGACAAGGAUAUGGAAAGCUUUUAAUUGCUUUUAGUUAUGAAUUAAGUAGAAUAGAACAAACUGUUGGUAGUCCUGAAAAACCUCUAAGUGAUUUAGGAAAAUUAUCAUAUAGAAGUUACUGGAGUUGGAUUCUUUUAGAAAUUUUGCGGGAUUUUCGAGGUACUCUUAGUAUAAAAGAUCUGAGUCAAAUGACAAGUAUAUCACAAACAGAUAUUAUAUCGACCUUACAAAGUAUGAAUAUGGUUAAAUAUUGGAAGGGUCAACACGUAAUUUGUGUAACACCUAAAUUAGUUGAAGAACAUAUUAAAAGUAGUCAAUACAAGAGACCACGGUUAACAGUGGAUAGUAGUGCACUUAGAUGGGGAGCUCCACCACGAAAAAACGUAAAACCUGGCAAAAAGUAGCAGAAAUCAAA